AUGGAUAAUCAAGAGCAAUUAGUGCUAAUUAACCCAAAUCGAAACCAGGGGUCGGAACAAAUUGAAUUGGUAGAUCAAAGUCACGAAAAGACAUCAGAAUCAUCAGAGGAUCAAGAAGCGAAACCAAAGAAAGUGACGGUCUCCCAAAAGCGUUUCAAAAUAGUUGUGUUAUCUUUGAUUGCUAUAAUAAUUGCCCUUCUGAUUGGACUUGUGUUGGCAAUUGCACUCGGAAAAUCUUCAAAAGCUAAAAAUUCAAAACUUGAGACAUGUUGGACAAAAGAGUGUAUGGGAAUCGCUUCCAUGAUUAAAAGCUUCCAAAAAACCAGCGUAGAUCCAUGUGAUGACUUUUACAGUCACGUCUGUGGCCGGUACCCUGACCACACAACUGAUGACAGUGGAUGGGGUCAUAAGCAGUUGCAACGACUCACGUAUCAAAUUUUUUCGUUGGUCCGAAAAACCAAGAAAUUCUCUACAAAACCGAAUGAGCAACUGAGAAUUUUCACGAAAAAAUGUAUGGAUCGAGCAGGAAUGGAUAGUGAUUCACUACAAUAUUUGAGGGAAGAUAUCGAGAAAAGAGGCGGAUUUCCGUUGAUUGAUCCGGAUUGGAAUGCGGCAAAAUUCGAUUUGAGUGAAAUGCUUGCCAACUACCUCUCCAUAAAUCGAAAACGAAUGGGUUUUCUCUCUGUUGAACCGUUUGAAGCAGUCCAAGACGGUCAGAUUGUAUCCCUCCUUUUCCUCGGACCAGGCCCUCAUUUUGUUGAUUCCAUUGCAUUCAAUAUAUCGUUUUAUAAGGAGUCCGUGGCUUUUAUUCUGGAACGAUUACUGCAGCUAGAAAAUCGAACAUUGAACAGAAUUGAGUUCAGUAAAGCGUAUGAAGAGAUUGUGGGUUUGGAAGCCAGUUUCGUAAAACUCGGUGACUAUUCCAACAUUAGAAUCGACACCGAUGACAUGUCAAAAACUAGAAAUUUGAGUGAAUUGGCAAAGAUGGUUCCGGAAAUUGAUUGGUUCAAAAUAAUGAGAGCAUUGCCAAGAGAAGCGACAAGUGAGGAGAUGAAGGAGGACUUUAUAAAGAAGAUUCGAGUCCAUGGAGGUGGUGAAUACUUUUUUGGCGAGGAGAGGAAGCUCGCCCGAAUCGCUACGAAAACUCCGAAGAAAACGCUUGCCAACUACAUCGUAAUUCGUCAAAUCAUUGAUGUUGCUCUCUAUUAUUACGACAAGGAUCUCCCAAAACAGGGCAAAUAUUACAAAAAAGGCAGUUUGCAGAAUUUUUGCUCCACAUUAAUGUUCAAUUUCUUCCCAAUUCCAUCCAUGAAUAUAUUCAUCGAACAAUCCGAAUACGAUAUGGAAAACUUGAAAAUGAUGGAAAGAUUCUUGAAUGAACUUAAAGAAGAGUAUGAGGGAAUAUUCAAUGAAAAUCAGUAUUUGGAACCUGAAAUCAGAAGUUUCCUGAAGAAGAAAUUGAAAGGAAUCAGUGCCAGAUUCGGGUAUCCGGAAUAUCUCAAAAGCCAGCCAUUGUUGGAGAAGAUGUAUGAAACGCUGAACUUCGAGGAGACGGAUACUCCAUACCAAGUCUACACGAAACUUUGGAGACAUCGAACCGAGCAACUCGUUGAGCACAUUGUACAAAACACCCCAUUGAAUCCGGUCCACUUGAAAAUGUUUUCAUUAUAUGCAUCUUAUAAUUCUUAUGGAAAUAAUUUUGAAGUAAGUUUUCCAUAUAUGAUCUACCCAUGGAUCGACGUGAGUUUCCCCUUCUACAGUAAUUACGGGCACUUGGCGUAUGUUGUUGGACACGAAAUUGGUCAUGCUUUUGAUCAUUUUCAUCGAAGACUCGAUGAACGUGGAAUUGAACACAAGUACUGGAUUACGGACACAAAUUCAUCGAAUAUUGAGUAUGAGAAACAAGAGAAAUGCUUGAGAGACCAGUACUCGAACUACAAAGAGCCCGGAUAUGACUUUUUCAUGAAUGGAACCGUAUCCCGUUAUGAAAUAAUCGGUGAUCAUAUGGGUAUCCGUGCUGCUUUUAGAGCAUUCAAGAAGGCUCAGAAGAGAGAAACGGUCAAGCUCCCAGGCUUCGAUGACGCCACUGGAGAACAAAUGUUUUUCUAUAAUUAUGCGUUUAGACAAUGUGACGUGUCCGACCCGAACUUCCGCCCUGAACACUUAAAAAAUCGUCCGCAUCCAACACCUCGUUAUCGAGUGAAUGGAGUAGUUCAGAAUAUUCCAGAAUUUUUUGAGGCAUUCCAAUGCUCGAAGAAUUCUAAAAUGAAUCUGGAGACUAAAUGUAAAUUAUUCUGA